AUGAAAAGAAAAGCUUUAGGUUUAGCUGAUUCUAAAAUCAGGCCAGUUUCCGGGAACAAGGAGCCUCCUGUUAGUUCUGCUUCUGUUAUUGGAGCUAGUGAGCAAGAACUUAACUGUUCCAUCUCAUCAAUACAUCCUAGACUACGAUACAAGUCUGCAAAUGUGCUUCGUCAUAGUCUUGGUAGUACUUUACGAGACUCCAACAGUGUUAGUCCAAAUUCAAGUUUGUUGAAAAAUCGGGCAUUGGAUAGAAACAUGAUUUCCCCUACUCAUAGAACUGUUGAGUCGGAACCUGUUGUAGAAACCUCGGUACAAGCUAAUGCUGGAACUGCAGUUCGUCCAGCUGGAACAUUUGAGGCUAAUGUAGAUCUGCAGUCUAUUGAAUUGUCAACUACGGGAUUACUUGAGAUAAAACCAAUGAAAUGUGAACCGAUCCAAGACGUGAGUGGUGGGGACUUAUCUACUCUGUCUGAUAUUGCUGCUAAAGAAUGUUAUGGUUAUGAUUAUGAAUUUGCUGAUCAUUAUUCUUUUGCGGGAAGUGUUAGAGAGGACGAUGUAUAUGAAGAUGGUGAGAUCCGAGAACCUAUGAUGCAGUCGAUUGCAGAAGACCUAAUUGCAAAUGUGCAGGAGGGAUGUGAAAAGGAUGUCUUACGUAUCGGACCAUCUGCUAGGAGCAGAGGAGCUGUAAAGAAUGCUAACGAGACUAAUAACGAGUAUAUUGGAAGAUCUGAUAUGUCAUCAAUAGCCCUUUCAUCUUUUCAAAAUGCCGAAACACCUGUUUAUCUCAGGUAUAGGUAUAUGGAGGAGGAGGAACUCCAUAUACGAAGGAAUAGAGAUGAAAUCUAUGGUUAUGGUCCUAAAUUUGUGCGAGAUAGGUUUCAGGACCGUUCAUUUGGUAGCUCAAGGGGGGACUUCAUACAUGGAAGAGGGAGGGGCUGGGGCCGUGGCCGGUAUUUUGUGCCAGAUUUUGAAAGGUUUGGAGGUGUUGCUGAUUAUCCCUUUAGACAUAAACGUACAGCUUUUGAAUCUGCAAAUGGCUAUGAUGUUGAUGCCUUUGGUACUAAUAAGAGGAGGAAGCCAUUAAAUGAUGACUUGCCUUCAUUACGACAUCCACCUGCACGUCGACAGUCCCCCAACAGAAGAGAAGAUGCUGCCAUGAUGGGCACUCAAAGGCUUCGUAGAGCUCCCAGGAAUAUCAGCCCAAGAAAAUGCACUGAUAAAGAUGGCUUUGCGUAUGUUGGUAUUCGACAUGGUGAGAAGUUCAAUAGAGACUUUCCAGCUGAUAGGCACAAGCAGUCUAAGUAUAGUCAUUUGGCUCAGGGUGAUACAGAGUUUACAGCGAUGCAGAGAAGCGGUUUACCUCGAAUGAGGUCAAAAUCUCCUAUUAGGUCCCAUACUUGGUCCCUUCCUCCGAGGAGAUUGACGGAAGAAUUGAAUGGUCGUCAAGAUUUAUCUCAGCACAGGUCUCUGGUUAUGUACAGGGAAGAUAGAACGAGGCCGUCUUCACGAACUUCUUUUACUGAAGAAGCAAUAGCCCCUCAAAGGCGAGACCCUCCAUCUUAUAGUGCUCAUCGUCAGAGUGAUAGGUGGGAUGUGGAUGGUGUACAGGAGUACGGGCAUCCGAGGUCUCAUUAUAACAGAGGGCGUGGACCUGAUCGGGAGAGGGCUGAUGGUGUUAGGCAAAUGAAAAAUGUGAAAGAGCAAGAAGGCGGUGGUAAUCGUAGACGGAGGCAUGAAGAAGAAUUUGAUGGCUCCAGAUUGAACAAAAGAAUAUUUUGA